AUGAAGCGAUCCGCACUUAUUUCUCUCAUCCCCGCCUUCUUGGCUACUGCCUCCCCUGUCCCUCAAGCUUCCGAACCUGCUGGUUUCAUGGUUUCUUCCGGUAGCUGCGGCGCUGCUGAGGUUGACGAGCUCGUUGGAUACGGAGCAAAGACCACUGGAGGAUCUGGUGAUCCCGUCACCGUCACUUCUUGCUCAGAGCUUACCUCUGCUCUCUCCAAUGGCGGUGUCAUUCACAUCGACGGCCAGCUUACCGGCUGCGAUAUCAUGAACGUCAAGAGCGACACCACCAUCCUCGGUGUCGGUUCCGGCUCUGGUCUCGUUGACAGUGGUUUCCGCAUCAAGAAGGCCGAUAAUGUCAUCAUACGCAACCUCGCCAUGAAGAACCCUCCCAAGGAGAUGGAUCUCAUCGACAUUGAGACCUCUACCAACAUCUGGAUCGACCACAACGAGUUCUCUGCCGAGGGCAUCACCGGCGACAAGGACUUCUACGACGGUCUCCUCGACGCCAAGCGCGGCUCCGACUUCCUUACCUUCUCAUGGAACAAGUUCUCCGACCACUGGAAGGCUAGUCUCAUCGGCCACAGUGACAGCAACGGUGAUCAAGACACCGGCAAGCUCCACGUUACUUACCACCACAACUACUGGAGCAACGUCAACAGCCGCGCCCCCUCCAUUCGUUUCGGAAUCGCGCAUAUUUACAGCAGCUGUUACGAGGAUCUUCCCACCUCUGGAGUGAACUCUCGCAUGGGUGCUCAAGUCCUCGUUGAAACUACUGCUUUUGUUAACGUUAAGCGACCUAUUGUCACCAACCUUGACUCUAAGGAGCAUGGAUUCGCUAUUGAGAAAGACAACCUUUUCGAGAACAGUGAGGCGCAGAUUACGCAGGAGAAGGAUUUCGUUCCUCCUUAUGAUUACACCACCGACUUUGCGGAUUGUAUCUGCGACUAUCUCAAAGAGAAGGCUGGUACUGGUGUUAUCAAUAUCUAA